AUAAAUAAAGGUAGCCAACGUAUCGGGCACUUGGUCUGAGUUUAGGCACCGUAUUGAGCACGUUUUGUGCAUCACCUAGUUUCACCCUCUCAGUAGUUCUGGAAAUGAGGUACAACUGUCCUCAGUUUGCAGCUGGCGCACCUAAGAAGGAACUUGCCCCCCCCAGGCUACAAUUCCCAGAGGGCAGAAACCUUGUUUGUUUUGCCCAUCAUUGAGUCCAGAGGGACUAAGUCAGUGCAUGGCAUACAGUAGGCAUUCAAUAAAUGUUUUGGGGUUGGUUGGACGGUUGGAGGAGAGAUGGGAGGAAGGGAGAGGAGCCGAGAACAAGGGGGGCGGGGGGCCGGGAUGAGCAGCCCAGCAGCCGGGGCCAGGUGCCCCCGCCCCCUGCCCUGGCCCGGGAUGGGGACCAGGAUGCGGCGGCCACGGCAGGGGACCGACGCGGGAUCUGGCUGCGGGGUCUCCGUGCAGGCGCCAUGAUGCUGGUGAAGAAGUGCCUGGUGAAGUGCCUGCACCGGCUGCAGAAGGGCCCGGGCUACUCGUACAAGGAGCUGCUGGUGUGGUACUGCAGCAACACCAACACCCACGGCCCCAAGCGCAUCAUCUGCGAGGGGCCCAAGAAGAAGGCCGUGUGGUUCCUCAUCACGCUGCUCUUCACCUCCCUGGUCUGCUGGCAGUGGGGCGUCUUCAUCAGGACCUACCUGAGCUGGGAGGUCAGCGUGUCCCUCUCCCUCGGCUUCAAGACCAUGGACUUCCCCGCCGUCACCAUCUGCAAUGCCAGCCCCUUCCAGUAUUCUAAAGUCAAGCAUUUGCUGAAGGAUCUGGAUGAGCUCAUGGAAGCGGUCCUGGAGAGGAUCCUAGCUCCCGAGCAGAGCUAUGCCAACGCCACUAGGACCCUGAACUUCACCAUCUGGAACGACACACCGCUGGUUCUGAUCGACGAGCAGAACCCCCACCGCCCAGUGGUCCUUGACCUCUUUGGGGACGUCCACAAUGGCUCAGCAGACAGCAGCCUAGCGCCAGGAAGGACCUGCACUGCCCAGGGGUGCAAAGUGGCCAUGAGACUAUGCAGCCUCAACGGGACCGCGUGCACUUUCCGGAACUUCACCAGCGCCACCCACGCCGUGACGGAGUGGUACCAGCUGCAGGCCACCAACAUCUUCUCGCAGGUGCCCACGCACAAGCUGGCGGAGAUGGGCUACCCUGCCGAGCGGCUGAUCCUGGCCUGCCUGUUCGGGUCCGAGCCCUGCAGCUACAGGAACUUCACGUCCAUCUUCCACCCAGAUUAUGGCAACUGUUACAUCUUCAACUGGGGCAUGACAGAGAAGGCGCUCCCUUCGGCCAACCCCGGAGCUGAGUUCGGCCUGAAGCUGAUCCUGGAUAUAGGCCAAGAGGACUAUGUGCCCUUCCUCACGUCCACGGCCGGUGCCCGGCUGCUGCUCCACGAGCAGAGGUCCUACCCCUUCAUCAAAGACGAGGGCAUCUACGCCAUGUCAGGGACAGAGACAUCCAUCGGGGUGCUGGUGGACAAGCUGGAACGCAUGGGGGAGCCCUACAGCCAGUGCACCAUGAAUGGCUCCGACGUUCCCGUGCGAAACCUCUACAGCGACUACAACACGACCUACUCUAUCCAGGCCUGCAUUCGCUCCUGCUUCCAAGAGCACAUGAUCCAGAACUGCAGCUGUGCCCACUACCUGUACCCACUGCCCCGCGGGGAGAGAUACUGCAACAACCGGGAGUUCCCAGACUGGGCAUAUUGUUACUCACGCCUGCGCAUGAGUGUGGCCCAGAGGGAGACCUGCAUCAACAUGUGCAAGGAGUCCUGCAAUGACACCCAGUAUAAGAUGACCAUCUCCAUGGCCGACUGGCCUUCCGAGGCCUCUGAGGACUGGAUUUUCCACGUCCUGUCUCAGGAGCGGGACCAGAGCACCAACAUCACCUUGAGCAGGAAGGGAGUGGUCAAGCUCAACAUCUACUUCCAAGAAUUCAACUAUCGCACCAUUGAGGAGUCGGCAGCCAAUAAUAUUGUUUGGCUGCUCUCAAACCUGGGUGGCCAGUUUGGCUUCUGGAUGGGGGGCUCGGUGCUGUGCCUCAUCGAAUUCGGAGAGAUCCUCAUCGACUUCGUGUGGAUCACCGUCAUCAAGCUGGUGGCCUUCGCCAAGAACCUGCGGCAGAGACGCGCCCAGGCUCGCUAUGCUGGCCCGCCGCCCACCGUGGCCGAGCUGGUGGAGGCUCACACCAACUUUGGCUUCCAGCCUGAUGUGGCCAGGCCUGGCCCCGAACCCGGGACCUACCCUGAUGAGCAGACCGUGCCCAUCCCGGGCACCCCACCUCCCAACUAUGAUUCCCUCCGUCUGCAGCCGCUGGACAUCAUCGAGUCCGACAGUGAGGGCGAGGCCAUCUAGACCCGGGGAAACCAGAACUCACACCCGAGAAGCCAUGAUCGUGGCCCC